AGGAGGCGGAGCAUCGGCGAAAGCUGCAAGAGGUGAUGGACUCGGCGCACGAGCAGAUGAGGCGUCCGAGACAUCGGUCGGUGCCGUCCGACGCGUGGAGAAGGACGGUGCCGUGGUCGGAUGGCAGGGACACACCGGACCUGGAUGGCAGGGAGUGGAAGGCUCACUAUAGGAGGUCAAAGAGUUUUGCCGAGCAUGAAUGUACAUGAAUGGUUUGAUGCAAACAAAAGAAUGAAAACACGACGCCUUCGAUGCUGGCCCCGCAAAAAACGGACAGCUGCCCAUGGAAAGAAGACGUCGGUCCUCUCGGACGUGAGGGACCGACACGUCCCUCACGGGGCGCACGCGGUUCCGAGUUCCGAGUCACGGAGCCUCGCAGUGACAGUGAAACCGUGCAGCUGAAACAAGCUCUGAAGUCUCGGAACUUGGUCCAAUAGGGUCCUUAAAGUCGACGGAUGCACAUUCGGCGACGACCAGGGUUCUGCAUGGGGGACCAGCUCAACUCAGGCGCUUCUUUGGACGGUCAGAGGUCACGGGAUUUCCCCAGAGGAAGGUCGGUGGCAGUCAUGGCCAAAGUUGGGUUUCUCCCCUUGGCAGGGCUGGCUUAGGGGUUCAGCUGUCCACCUCUUGGUCACUGGACAGCCGUGGAACGGCCCAACAGGACACAGACUGUUUUAACGUGCAGCAUGCAGAGCUGUUGAAUGUGUUUGUGUGUGUGCAGGUAUGUGUUUAUGUGCGACCCGGUCGCCUGUAAACUUGGAGACGAUGCAGAGGCGGAUCGCCGACGAAGCUUCCAGGUGGUGACAAGGUGUGAAUCCUUGCAGGGACCAACAGGUGCUUCUGAGACUCAACUCACGAUGGACAGGUGGGUAGUGUGAACUUUCCAAGAGUUAGCGCAAGGAGCUUGGAAUGAUCCCCAUGCCCGAAAGGACUUCCCAUAGUUUCCGGGUGGAGGGCCAUCAUCACUGUCAUCGAGGCGAUGAACUUGCAGAAACCUUCAAGCUGCAGUUGGGGGUCAUGGCCAAAAUGACGGGCGAUGCCCAUCGCCAACGGUAGGGGAUUCGCUGAAGUGCACCAAUCUCAGAUGUCUUGCGGUGGAAAGGCUCGUCACAGCUUCGGCACCACCCGAUGUUAUACCGAAUUUUACCGCGCUCACCAAUCUGAUGACAUACACAGUAUAUGACGGAGUGAUUUCAGCGUUGAUUAGAUGACCACUUAGAUGGCAAGGUUGAUAUUUUCUCAAUUCAGAGGUCAGUGCCUAAGCUUCAAUGUUGAAGUUUGAAUGGUAAUUUAUCGAACACGUUGUAUAAAUACAUUCAACUUAUUGUUUAUGUAAUAGGGAAUUACACUUUGAUGGCACUCGCAAAACACCUUUGAUAUGCCAUCAAAGUGUGAUUCCCUAUCAAUUACACAUCGUACUUGGAAAUUGAUAUCUCUUUGGGCAAGCACAACUGGAUGAGGAGGCCAAGAGCUCAGAUGAAACCGGCUUUGACGGUUUCUGCGCAGCGGGACCGGAAGCGAUGACGGGAAAUUCGAUGACAUGCCCUGGACAAGAUCCCCACAGAACGGUCCGAAUAUGGAUGAAAACACUCUGGUGCGUGCUAGCGUGAGAUGUCGUGAAGUCAGUGUGAAAUGCCAUGCUUACUUACUAUAUGUUCACCGAUGAAUCAGGGUGUGGGGUGCAGAUUGGGGCAGUUUCUGUUUACUGGCAGCGUCCUGAAGUGUUUUGCGUUUGCGAAAAGAGGCAAACCGAGAUUCGCAGGGAACGCUGAGAUGGGAUGUGGUUGUCAAGCAUCGCUUUAAAGGUGAAAUUUCAUGUUUCCUUCACAUAAAACUUCAAAUGCUUCAGUAAACUGAGACUUUGGAAGCGUCCUUGUUCGUAUACUGAGACUGCUUCCUGUUUGCAUCCUGGCCACCUUCAAGGCCUUCAAGGAUUGUGUUCGUGUCCCCUCCAUCCCCGCUCUCAGGCAGCGGCACUUGGCGCAGGAGGAGGAAGUGUUGCAACAACAAGAGGAGCGCCGUCAGAUGGAAGCACAGGUGAGAAGUUGAGUGGGAGCAAUUGACUGUUGAAGUCAAUGAGGCGUUGAGGACUUUCGACGGACGUGCUUCCCUGGACUAGCCAUUCACGGAGGUUUGGCGCUGAGUAUAUACUGAAAUCCGCUCCUCCCGCUGAUUCCGUAAGCUGCUUGGGAUCGCGAGUUCAGCACGCAGCGCGUGGACUAAGUGCCGUUGCCAUGUGGACCCUUGCCCGCGCGUUGCCAUUCGUCCUGGUGGUGGCCGAGGCCAACCAUUGCUUGAACUUCGACCAGCUUGUCGUCCCACAGAGCUUCCCCAAGUUGCUGCAGGUGCACCCCGGCCGUCAGCUUCAGACCGGCGCCUGGGCAGGGCCAGACGCUGCCUGCUUGCAGACCUGCUCCGGGCUGCAAACAGCACUGCAGAACGUGGGACAGCAGAUGCAGAAUGUCAAUACUCAAGAUCCAGCAGCCAUGAUGAAAUCGAUCUUGCAGUCCAUGUGCACAUACAAGGCUGACUUUGCUUGCUUGGCAAAUACCUGCCCACCGCCAGCUGGAGAUGAGAAUCCUAUGUCGCAGCUGGUCCCAAUCUUGAGCUGCUUGUGCGACGCCUGCCCAUCCUUCAUUGACGGCAACGCGUUGGACCUUGCAAACUCUGUUCACCCUUCCCGGCUGCGAAGGCUUUGUGGACGGUUCCCAUUGAAAUCAUCACGCACUGGCAAUGUUCCAAACUGAUUUAGCAAUAUACCGCCAGUAGGGGCCCACUCUUUGAGGUAAUGACUGGCAUGAUGACGACCAUUGGGCAGUUGAUGAGUGGCAACUACAAUGAGACCGAAA